AUGAUUUUCCUACUCUCCCCCCCUCCGUAAGCCAACAAAACCUUUGGAAAAUCCUUCUUUUUGCCCGAAAAUUCACCCUCCGUGAACGAACAAAAUUUAUUUAAUAUAAACAUUUUUUACGAAAAAAAUUUUUGAAAUAUAAGUGAUAAUUAUUAUGAAAUAUCUAGCUAAUUCUGUUUAAUUGCAUUUUUAAAAACAUAAAUUUUAGAAAUAAAAUAAAUAUUGCUUUCCGCUUGGGAUUUUUUCAAAUUUUUUUAAAAAAAAUUAACCCCCUCAGUGCACGGAGGUGGGGGAGUUAGUAUUAAUUUUUUAUAUAACAAAAUUGACUGAUAAUUCAGAAAUGAUGCUAUAUUUUAUUUCGUUUCUUAUUGUUGCACACGCAUAUGAAGUUCCACUCACAACGACAAGGGAUCAAGCAAGCUCUUUCAGCUGUCAACUUCGGUCCCACAUCAAUAGUCAUGGAAUAGCUUAUUUUGAAGGCCGAGGUAUAGGAAUAAAGCUUUUAUCUAACAUCAAAGAAGGGGAAGUUCUCUUUAAAAUUCCUUUAGCUGACACUCUCGAGCCAGUCACUCCUUUCCCUUUAACAUCAGUCCUAAAAGGUAUUUCCCCUUACUCAAUGCUUCGUAUGAGAAUUCUCUAUGAAAAAUUUAUAGCACCUAGAGGGCCAUUUCUCACGGAGUUUGUGCACAAUUUCCCUCUAAAGUACACAACACCUUUAUUAUGAAGUGAUGCCGAAUUUGAUGUGUUUGAAAAAUUAGGGAUUUAUGACUAUACAAGAUCCUAUUUUAUAAGGAAUAUUACAGCUGACCAUGAGCUUGUUUUAUCGAAAAUUAAAAACCGCUACGACUUGCCAGCUGAGAUGUUCAAUUAUCAAGCAUUUUUAUGGGCAGAUGCUGUUAUCCAAACGCGAGCUAUAUUAUACCCAGCUUCAGAAAUGAUGAGAAUGUAUGGCUUUAAAGAUCUCGAUGAAAAGUAUAAUUAUCCUGUGUUAAUCCCUGGAAUUGAUUUUAUCAAUCAUUGGCCAAGACCUCUAAACUCGACCAUGAAAACUUCUUCAAUUGUAUUUGAUGACAAAAUGCCACCAGGAUUUACAUUAAUCGCAGAUAGAACUUUAAAUAGAGGGAAUGAGCUUGUGUAUGAAUAUAAGCAACUACCAAAUAUAGAUUUGCUAUCUAUGUAUGGGUUUACGAUUCCUAACAAUCAUGAUGAUAGUUUUACAGUAAGCAUCACCUAUGAAAUUUGUUAUGAAAAAAUUUUAUCUGAUGGAUCCUGCAAAUUCCAAUUAAAUGCGGUAGAAAUCAAUGUAAAUUUACUAACUCCUCCCAUGAGCGAAAAAAAUUUUUUGUUCGCAUAUAGAGGGUUAAUUUUUUUUGUAUUAAAAAUUAUAUAUAAAUUGUAUUUUAAUAUUUUUUUGUCAAAUUAAAAAAAAUCCCAAUCGAAAUAAUUUUAAAGCAAUUCUAAUUUAAUUUGAUAUAAUUUAUGCUUUAAAAUGGGAGAUCAAAAUAUUAUUAUUUCAUAAAAAUCUUUUUGUUCGCUCACGGAGGUGAGUUUUCCCCAAAACCUGGGAUUUCUCCAAUGGUUUUGUUCGCUCACUAAUGGUGGGAUUAAGGAAUAUCAGAGGGAAUUAUGGAGCUUGGGAACGCACUGAAGUUAGCAAUAAAAAUUUGAGACCUUUCUUCCAGAUGCUACCUUUCGAUGGAGAAACUCAGCAUGAUUUUGCAAAUUCUCUUUUGAUUUAUAGGUCUUAUAUUUGCCAAGUUGUGUAUGGAGGAAAUAGAUGGCCUUUAGCUGAAGUUUAUAAAGCAUCAAACUUUUUUAAGAGUGAUGUAGAGAAGACAAUAUUUACUUAUGCAGUAGCAGUAAGAAAGACUGUCUAUAAGCAGCUAAAAGCAAUUGAUAAAGAAGUGCUAUUUGCCUUACAUACAUCGCUAUUUAAAUUAUAG